AUGUCCAAGCCGCGCCCCUCCAGUGGCGCCUCCUACUGGGGCGCAGUGCACCAGGCGCCGCUCAUAUGCCGCCUCCCAAUCCUCACCGUGGCGACUUGCGUCGCGUGCAUCGUCAUCUUUUUCGCCAAUGACGCGCACGGCUGGUCUUAUGGUCGGUCUAAUGAGGGACCAUGGUGGUCGUGCCUCGCGGCCAUGAUCUCGCACGUCGACCAAGAGCACCUCUGGUCGAACGUGGCGUUCCUCGCCAUCGCGGGCUGCUUCCUGGAGAUCACCGAGGGCGUGCCUCAUGUCGCCUGCGUUCUGUUCGGCGGAGGCUGCAUCGGCGCGGCGCUUCAUGGGGUGGCGGACCCGGACACGCGUGUGCGUGGCACGAGCGGCGCCAUCUACGCAGCGUUCUUCAGCCAGCUGUCUCUCCUCGCGCUCAACUGGGCCGAGAUGCCCGCCCGGGUGCUACGGCUCUGCGUGCUCCUGAUCCUGAUCGUCGUCGACGUCGCCGCCUUGAUAUUCUGGAGGUCGGACAAUGUCUCGUACGAGGGGCACCUCUUCGGAGCACUCGCAGGCGUCUCGAUUGCUCUCGUGCUCGGCCGGAACGUGCGCCUGAGGCGGUUCGAGAUCGCCUUCACGUGGCUUGGCGUGCUCGGCUAUGCGGCUCUGGUGGCAACGGCAUUUGCGGGCGGGCAGACGAAAGCGGCCGCGCUCGCCGCCGGCGUGCUGCCCCUGCUUGGUGUAGCGGCGACUUGGAUCACACGCUGCUCGUUGCGCGCUCCCGACCCCGUGCCCUCUCCGACGGUGCCAGAGGGCGACUGUGACCGUGGCGGCUUCGUGGUGCGGAUGUGA